AUGCCGGACAUGGAGAAAGUCAUGUUGGAUGCUGAUGUCGAGAUCUUCAAUUGGGUCCUGCAGGCCGAAGAAACUGCAACUGCCACCACCAACCGGGAGGUUGAGCCUUUGGUCAAAGAAAUCGCAGAGGAGGAUCAAGCCUUGGAGCCUGUGCACCAAGACAACGCCGACUCUGAUGAUGAGAUCGUGAAGGUCAAAGCGCUCACCUUGGAGGACCGACUUGAAGCCCGGCGCCUUGGACUCUCUGAAGAGCCGGACCAAGACUGGCAGGAUCCAUCCUAUGAGGCCGACGACAAGGAGGAACAGUUCACUGGCUGGGACAUGGUCGAGGAUGACAAGCGCCCGCCGGGAGUCGUGGCCAGCGAUCCGAUCAAUGAGGCUGACGAUGAGUUCGACAUCGACGAGCUCGAGACCGUCGCCUCCGUGGAGAUCAUUGAAGAGGAGGAGUUCCAUGACGUCGACGAAGGCCAGGCCGAGGGCAUCGAUGAUGACGAUGAUGACGACAUGGCCGUGAUCAGCAAGAUUUCAUCCCUUGACGCCUUUGGCAGCAAGGAUGCUGAUGCACGGGUUGACCCGGAGCCAAUGGACGUGGAUGACCAGGGCAACAGGAUGGUCAAGAGCACCGGGACGUCGUCUGUGAAGAAGUGGAAGACGAGCUCACCCUCUGCGCCGGCGGGAGCCGUGCCUUCUGGUCCGACCGACAAGCUGAAGCCCAAGGCGAAGCCGGCCAAGAGGCCAUGCCCAAGCCGAAGCUCAAGGUUGUUGACGAAGGAUUUGGUCUGGAUCGAGCCGAGCAACAUGAUCGGGGUGCCUGAGAGACGGGUCGAUUUCGGACGUUUGAGCUCGAUCUCUCACGCCAUGUCGGACUACUUGCGAGGGAGACUUAAGCGCGAGGAAGAGGUGUUGAUGGUUGUUCGCAACUCUCCGAUGAGAAGGUUCAGAGUUCAGGUCAACAGCCUCUCCUCCGGCAAGUUGAAGUGGACGCCGGUGCGGAUCCGUGCGAUCCAGGGGCACCGUGCAUUCCUCGUCGGGCAGGGCGGCAUGGCUUCAAUGAUUCGAACCAUGUAUACUUUCGACCCUGACUUUGACCUUGCAAAGGUGGAUGAUCCGUCAGUGCAUCCUGCAUUUUCUGCGAGGCCGGAAGACUCGCCAGUUUGGGAAGAUUUUCCACGUGUGAUCUAUCACACAUGUGACCAGGCGGCAUUCCUCUCCAUCAUCCGCUAUAUGGCUUGGUGCUUCUUCGUGAAUCGCGCCUAUGUGAACCACAGAAAGGCGUACCAAGAGAUUCUGAAGGAAGCCAAGGAGAACUUCGACCCGACCGACGUGCUCAUCAGCAAAAUGGAGAUGUUCACAGAGGACGCCAAGGUGAACUUUGACGGGAUCAAGGCCCGAAUCGAGUUCGGCAAGCUGCUGCCGUUUUCAAGGCGAGAAGAUCUUCAGGUCGAGAAGAGCACUGCCACUCGGGAGGGUGAGCCUGCAUCUGGAACUCAACUGGUGCAAGGCUACACCAUUGCCAAGAUGGCCGCAAUGACGAGCACGGACGCCUGUGGAUUUCAACGUCGUGGACGCCACGGAGUGGGAGGUGGCAAUUUGGGGCAAAGGCUAUGGUCGUCAUGGAUUUGA